AGCCUACUACUUACUUAUCCCUCAGCAGAAAGAAAUAUUUUCUAGGGUUCACGCAGACGCCGCUUGUUCUUUCCUCUGUGAGCAACCGACGAAAUGGGUCAUGACAACGUGUGGAACUCUCAUCCGAAGAAGUACGGUCCUGGAUCACGCACCUGCCGUGUGUGUGGAAACUCCCAUGGGCUGAUCAGGAAGUAUGGUCUGAACUGCUGCAGACAGUGUUUCCGCAGCAAUGCCAAGGAGAUUGGAUUCAUCAAGUAUCGUUAAUGAAGCACUAGUUCUUGAUUGAUGCUUAUUAUACGCAAACAUGAUGGCGUCAAUCAAUUGGCUCUGAAGCUUUUUUAGUUUUUUCUUUUAAUGCAUUUCAUUUUUUGUAUCGAAUAAGUUGGUGGACAAGACCUAUGUAUUUUGUCUUAAAAGCUUAUGUUUCAAUGGAACGACGCUCUAUAUGAUCAAAAUAUCUAUAUGAUUUUUGCAAUUGAAUGAUCUAA